AUGCGUCUCACAUCAGGUUUAGUGUUGGCUCUAUUUUCUCCUGUCGCUUAUGCCCAGCAAUCACUCUAUGGUCAAUGCGGCGGCAGUGGAUGGUCAGGGUCAACAGUGUGCACAGCACAGGCGACUUGCAGCACCUUGAAUCCCUACUAUGCGCAGUGUGUUUCUGCAACUGCGACAACAAGCGCAACAAGCACAACAAGCACGACCACGGCAACCAAGACUACCAUGUUGACUUCAACUUCGACCACCACUACUAAAACAUCAACUGGAACUACUACUACUAAAGUAUCGACUGGAACUACCACUACAGCCGCUGCUACUACAAACAGUGGCAAUCCAUUUAGCGGUUACCAGCUCUAUGCCAACCCUUACUACUCCGCAGAGGUUUUCACGUCAGCGAUUCCGUCACUGACUAGUUCUCUCGCGGCAAAAGCUAGCUCGGUCGCCAAAGUUCCAUCCUUUGUUUGGCUUGACACGGCCGCUAAGGUUCCAACCAUGGGAACUUAUCUCGCCGACAUCCAGUCACAGAAUGCGGCCGGUGCUAGCCCUCCCAUUGCGGGUAUUUUUGUGGUGUAUGACUUGCCAGACCGCGACUGCGCCGCUUUAGCCAGCAAUGGAGAGUACUCAAUUGCCGAUAACGGUGUCGCCAAUUACAAAGCGUACAUUGACUCAAUCAGAGCUCAAAUUAUCAAAUAUUCUGAUGUGCAGACUAUACUGGUCAUUGAGCCCGAUAGCCUCGCCAAUCUUGUUACCAAUCUGAAUGUGGCCAAGUGUGCCAAUGCUGAGAGUGCUUAUCUGGAGUGCGUCAACUAUGCGUUGAUUCAGCUCAACCUGGCAAACGUAGCCAUGUAUCUUGAUGCCGGACAUGCCGGCUGGCUGGGCUGGUCAGCUAACCUCCAACCGGCCGCUACGCUCUUUGCCAAUGUAUACAAGAACGCGUCGUCACCAGCUGCUGUGCGCGGAUUAGCCACUAACGUUGCUAACUAUAAUGCCUGGACAAUCGGCACUUGUCCAUCAUAUACAUCCGGAGAUUCCAACUGCGACGAAAAGCUUUAUGUCAAUGCCAUUGCCCCUCUGCUUGAAGCUGCAGGCUUUUCUGCCCACUUCAUCACCGACACUUCACGAAAUGGUGUCCAGCCGACCAAGCAAAAUGCCUGGGGUGACUGGUGCAAUGUCAUUGGUACCGGCUUUGGUGUUCGCCCCACGACAGAUACUGGCGAUGCGCUUGAAGAUGCGUUUGUUUGGGUCAAGCCCGGCGGAGAAUGUGAUGGUACAUCGGAUACCACAUCGUCACGAUAUGAUGCACACUGCGGAUAUAGUGAUGCCUUACAGCCAGCUCCAGAAGCCGGAACUUGGUUCGAAGCCUAUUUUGAGCAGUUGCUUGUGAAUGCCAAUCCGUCUUUCUAA